AUGAUCGACGAUGCCAAGUAUUCUGCUGGAAAUAGCGAGAGUUGGGGCUCGGAGCAGUGUUCUUAUGCCACCGAGUACCAUGUGGUGUAUGGCGGACGUGGUGGCUCGGCCUCGGGCUGCUCCUACGCCACCGAGUACGAUGUGGUCUACGACCGGAAGACACGCGCUGCACCGCCGGCGGGCUCGGACGGCGGGAGCACAUCAGGCUGGCAGUAUGCGUACGAGACAGAGUACGAGCUCGUGCACAAGGCUGCAGGCUCGGGGUCGGGGUCGGGGUCGGGGUCGGGGUCGGGGUCGGGGUCGGGGUCGGGGUCAACGACGACGGGUGACCCGGACUCGAUGUUUGGUUACGGCACCGAGUACGAUGUGCUGUACAAGGUCGACCACUACCACUCGGAGGCCGAGGCCACAGACAACGAGCUCGCUCUCCGCUCGCUCACCGCAAGAUCAGACUCGGCAGGCAGCGACGAGCCUGAUGUGUACUCGCUCACAAACAGGUUCGACCAUGGUGCUGCUCCACCCGCGGAUGAUGGGAAUGGCAAGGGCAAGGGCAAGGGCAAGGGUAAGGGCAAGGACAAGGGCAAGGGCAAGGGCAAGGGCAAGGGCAAGGGCAAGGGCAAGACAAAGAGGAGAAAGGGAAAGAGGAAAGGCAAGACCGGAAAGACCGGGUCGGGGUUGAGGUCGGGGUCGGGGUCUGGAUCAGCUUACGAUACAGACUAUGCCGGCCACAGCAGCCGUGGUCGUGGCAGCAAGGAUCGCCGCGCAGACGCUGCCGCGGUGUCGUCGGGCUCGGGACCCGACCGUGCGGCAGCACCAAGUGCUGCGUCCGAGUACGACACAGACUAUGCCGAUCACAAAAUGGCCAAGGGCAGGGGUAAGGGGAAGGGCAAGGGCAAGAAGGGCAAGAAGGGCAAGAAGGGCAAGGGCAAGAAGGGCAGGGGCAAGAAGGGCAAGGGCAAGGGCAAGAAGACGACUCGCGUGGCAAGCUCUGGGUCCGAGUACGACACAGACUUUGCCAAUCACAAGCGGGGCAAGCGCAAGAAGGGCAAGCGCAAGCAAGCCAAGGCCAAGGCCGAGAUCUCUUCGGGAUCGCUCGACCACGGCGCACCACCAAGUUCGUCGCCAUCGUCGCGGAAUGUCUUUGCCGCUGCGCGCAAGGCGAGCCGCCAAGUCGAAGACACCGACUACAUGUACGACGAGCCGUACAACACUGACUUUGCCGUGUACACGGUCGUGCUCUCGGCGUCGUCGCACUCCAGCUCGGGUUCGGGUUCGGGCUCGGGCGCCAGCGGCCGGCGGCACGUUCACUACCAUGUUUCGCGCAACUAUCGCGUCUUCUACAAGGCCGGCGUUGCCCGUGCCGGCGAGUACUCGGUUUCGUGCUCGCUGUGA